CCCGCCGUCCUCAGCAGCAGCAGUAGCAGCGCCGGGGUGAAGGGGCCCUGCUGGCGGGGUGGAGCGCCGGGCCGCAGCCUCCGCCGUUCACACUCCCUCGGGGCGGGUGGGGGGACGCUCCGCCACCCUCCCGCCGCAGGCUCAGCCACUUUCCCUUUCUUCCCCCCGCCCCGGCCCGCAAAGCCCCUGACCUGCUCCGAGAUCGGGCCAGAGCUUUCUCCAUUGACAUACAGAACAGUAUAUGCUGAUUCUGCAGGAACUCUAAAGAAAAAUGAUCCUCAUCCAGCAUUCCUGAGUAAUAAGAAUGGGUCCAGAUGUACCUCUGCUGAAUGAUUACAAACAAGAGUUCUUCUUGAAGCGUUUUCCACAGACUGUGCUGGGAGGUCCCAGGUUUAAAUUAGGCUAUUGUGCCCCUCCUUACAUAUAUGUGAAUCAGAUUAUUCUGUUCUUGACACCAUGGGUUUUGGGAGGACUAGGAACACUUUUGUACCAGUUAGGAGUUCUGAAAGACUACUACACUGCAGCACUUUCAGGAGGACUGAUGUUUGUUACUGCACUUAUUCUUCAGAUGACAAAUAUAUAUGCAAAACAGAAAACAGUGACAGUAGAGAGAAUGCAAAUUCAGAAUUCCCUAACAGAUGAAGAUGAGUUUGAAUUUUCCAGCUGUGUAGGUUCAGAGACAGUAAAAUUUAUUAUUCCUGGCAAGAAGUAUAUCAUCAACACUGUAUUUCAUUCCCUUCUGGCAGGGGCAUUGUGUGGGUUGGGAACUUGGUAUUUGCUGCCAAACAGAAUAACUUUGCUGUAUAGCAACAUUGGAGGAACUGUUGUGAUCUUUGUGUUUGGAUGGGUGACUAUAUGUAUAGGAGAGUAUUCAUUAAUCAUAAAUACAGCUACUGAAACAGCUACUUUCCAAGCACUGGAUACUUAUGAAAUCACUGCUCUGAUGAGACCUUUCUACAUUUUUCUCUUCAUUGCAGUGGAUCUCGCACACAGGUUUGCUGUCAACACACCCAUUCUAGAACAGACAAACCAGAUUUUGCACAUCAUAUUUCUUUUUCUGCCAUUCUUAUGGGCAAUGGGAAUCCUGCCCCCCCUUGACGCACUUUUUCUGUGGGGAAUGGAACAGCUGUUGGAGUUUGGACUGGGAGGUUCACCCAUGUCAAGUAACACAAAGUUAUUAGUAAUGUUUCUCAUUUCUGCUGGAACAGCAAUAGCACCGUAUUUCAUUCGCAGCACUCUCGGUGUGAUCCUCUUCAUGACUGGAUUUGGGUUCAUACUGAGUCUUAACCUAAGUGAGAUUGGUUUUGCCUUCAAACACACCAUGAUCAGCCACUUAGCCUCCAGCAAAUCUAAAAAUAUGCACAGAGGUCUUAGAGUACAAUUCGGGUGGAGGGAAUUUAUUUUUUAUUUGUCUAUAUUGGCAUUUGCUCUCAUUGAAGCCAGCCUGCUGCAUCAAUUUGCAGGCUUUUCAUCAUUUUCCAGAGCCAGUCCUCAGGCUAUAGCAAGUUACAUUCUGAUUGUAUUACUUAUAAUUAUGUGGAUUCUUAGAGAGAUUCAGAGAGUGUACUUGUUUGGAGUCUUCCGAAACCCCUUUUAUCCAAAGGAUGUCAGGACUGUGACUGUGUUCAUGGAGAAGCAAAGAAGGCUAAUGAAAGUUGGUGUUGUCAGGAGGAUUUUACUAACACUAGUGUCCCCGUUUGCUAUGAUAGCAUUCCUGUCACUCGACCGUUCUCUGCAAAACCUUCACUCUGUGUCUGUUUGCAUUGGAUUCACAAGAAUAUUUAGGAUGGUCUGGCAGAAUACAGAGAACGCCCUCUUGGAUAUAGUGGUUGUGUCAUUGGCACAGAUGUUGGUGUUGAAUCCUGACCUCUGGUGGAACAGGAGCCUUGAUACAGGAAUCAGACUCUUGCUGGUUGGUUUCCUACGGGAUCGACUGCUUCAGUUUGUCUCCAAGCUGCAGUUUGCCCUCACCAUCCUCCUGACAUCCUGGACAGAGAAAAAACAACGCCGUAAAUCCACAGCCACCUUAAUCACACUCAACGUCGUUUUCUUCCCCAUCCUGCUGACCUUCAUCACCAUCUCCACACUCCUUUCUUCUCCUUUGCUGCCUCUCUUCACACUGCCAGUAUUCCUGGUCAGCUUUCCCAGGCCGGUCCGAAGCUGGCCAGGACCUGUGGGUGCUGCUGCCUGUGUUUGCUCCGAUACCGUCUAUUACCAGCAGAUGGUUCCGAGCCUGGCUGUUGCUCUGCAGUCUGCACUGGCAGCUGGCAGCCUGGGUCUCUCUCUCCCCGGAUCACAUUACUUGUGCCGUUUUCAGGACAGGCUGAUGUGGAUAUUGGUGCUAGAAAAAGGUUUCACUUACUGUGGUGUUAACAUCAAGGGACUGGAGUUGCAGGAAACAUCCUGUCAUGCAGCUGAAGCUCACAGAGUUGAUGAAAUUUUUGAAAUGGCUUUUGAACACCAGGAGCACACAAAGAUUCUUUCCCUGAAUCACCAUUUUGGACACAUUUUGACUCCUUGUACCGUUCUACCUGUGAGGCUGUAUUCUGAUGCCAGGAAUGUGUUAUCUGGAAUAAUUGACUCUCAUGAGAAUUUAAAGCACCUGAAAGAUGACUUCAUUAAAGUGCUUGUAUGGAUGCUAGUUCAGUAUUGUUACAAGAAAUCAAAAACAUGGGAAAGGCCGGGCAGUGCCAACAAGAACAAGACAGGAUCACUUCAGGAAAAUCAGCAUAGUGGUGUAGUAGAGAAAUCCAGGCCUCUGAGGGAAGAAGAUAGCUUUAGUGUUGAUACAAUUGAGGACUGGACUGAUGAUAGUGACAUUUUUGAUCUUGAACCCAGUAACAGAAUGAAAGACAGAAAAGAACGUGGGCAGUGGGGAACUACCCCAAAAGUUCAUCUGUCUAUUCCAGGGUCUGUAGAAACACAAAGCCAAGAUGUCUCACAAGAAAUGUCACAAGAAGAUAGAUUAUACAGGGCUGUUGUGCUUGGGCUUCCUGCUGUAGACAAAGGGAAACGGCAGGAACUUUUACCUCAGGUUGAAUUUAGUUGCUCUUACUCAGAGCUACUGAGCAUCCCUGAAGAAUGGAGAACAGCCCCAGUGCCUUCCUCCAAAGUCAAUGAAAUGAGACAGAGGUUUCCAGAGGAGUGGUACCGCUUCAUUUUGAGUCAACUGGACUUUUUUCAUCUGAAGGAAAAGCCUUCUAAUUUACUUGAAGACCUUAUGAAAGACAAAGCUUUGAAGGACUUGUACAUCCAUGGAGUUCUGUCGUGCUGUUUUGGUCUGUUUGGACUGGAUAACACAGUGCCUGCCCCCAGCCACGUCUUCAGAGCAUACACGGGUGGUAUUCCAUGGUCUGUUGGGCUGGACUGGCUCACAGCCAAACCUGAGCUAUUCCAACUGACAUUGAAAGCAUUCAGAUACACUUUUAAACUUAUGGUUGACAAAGCAAGCCUGGGGCCAGUUGAGAACUUCACAGAGCUGGUGAACUACCUGGAAGAGUAUGAAAACGAUUGGUACAUUGGGCUGGUCUCAGAUCUGGAGUGGCAGCAAGCAGUUCUUCAGGAAAAGCCAUACCUGUUUGCACUGGGGCAUGACCCAAACAUGGGAAUUUACACCGGGCGAGUCCUCACUCUUCAGGAACUGUUAGUGCAAGUAGGAAAACUUAAUGAUGAAGCUGUCAGAGGUCAGUGGGCAAAUCUGUCCUGGGAGCUGCUCUAUGCUACCAACGAUGAUGAAGAACGCUACAGCAUCCAGGCACACCCUGUUCUUCUGAGGAACCUCACUGUGCAGGCUGCAGACCCACCCCUAGGCUACCCUGUUUAUUCAUCAGAACUUCUGCAUCUGCCUUUGUUCUAGAAUGUCUGUGGCACUUUUUUUUUAUUAUUAUUAUUACCGUUAUUUUGUAUUUUCCAUCUGCGUGUUGGGAACCAAAUGCUCAUGCUGUGUUUAUACACUCUGCCUAAGAUUUUACUCUCAAAGUGGUGUUGGGUGGCAGUGCCAAGCCAGCAUGUGGAGUUUGCACAGAAAUGGUGCUAGCCAGAACCUUCAGCAGGCAGGAAUUUUGCUUUCUUGCUGAUGGAACGUGUGAGACACCAUUGCCUGCCUGGCUGACAAGCCAGAAGAUGCUGAAAUUCUCUUCUCCAGUUUAGAGAAGAGCAGUGUGCUUCUGGUUCUGAUCAUUAACAAUUUUUGGUGUAUUCUGUUUUAUAUUUUUUUCUUAGACAGGUGACUUGCACUGUACAGUCAGGUUACAGCUCCCUGUGGUACCAUCAACUGUAGAGUUGGUACCAAAGUGUACAUAGGACUAUUUAUAUGAUUUUUUUUUAAUUAUUAUUAUUAUUAUGGCCAUUUUGUAUUCGACCGAAUUCAGUUUCAGAAUUUGUUGCAAGACUUCUGUUGCUCUUCCUUAGUUGUAGGAAGUUACCAGUUAUGCUUCAACGAAGUAAGCAGGAAGGGAAGAUUUUUACCAAUGUACUUGUUUUGAGGGGGAAGAGAAUUUAUACAAAACUGUACAUUAUGACACAUUACUUACUGUGUGACCUACUGAUGAAAGCAGCAAAUAUGUAAUUAGAGAAGGAUUUCAAAUCCACAUGGAUUAAAUCUAUCUUCUUCAAAUACUCACAUAUUUUUUACAUAUAUAUAUAAAUUGUAUGCAGCCUACAUCCUCGUCACUAACCAGUCUUCCACAACUCCUGUGAGAGCUUUGAUGAGGAUGAGGUGGAAAUCCAGCUGCCUGUGCCAGAAGCAAUUUAUUUUUUGUAACCUUACCCCACAGGUUAGAACAGAAUUUGGCAAUUGGGUUGUAAUGCUACAGGUCUCCUUGAAAACAGGGCUGGGCUGUCUCUCCAGUGGGUUGUUGAUCCUGUUGGUUACAACCUGUCAUUAGCACAGGAAUGUCUUUUCUCUGCAGGUCAGUAGUUAGGUGGAUGCCAAGCAGGUAAUUGUCUUUAACUUCUAGAAUCAGUUUAAGUCAGAGGUGCUGCACAAUUGAAACAGUCCUGGCUUACAACACCCAGCCCUGGAUAAUUUGGAGAAUGUUUAUUACUUUUUCUCCUCACCCCUAGGAAGUUUUUGUAUCAGGUAAAAUUUCUCACAGGAUUGUGUAUUGUGUACUUGGCUAUCAGGUGUUUCUUUUGAUCAGUGGCUGUAAAUUAUUUUAAAGGAAUACACAAACCCUGGAGUGGGAUUCAGACCCCCUGGUACAACACCUUAAGGUACAGGGAUGAAAUUAACACAGAACUAAACAAAAGCAGCUUUUAAAAGGUGGGUGGAUGGGGUGUGGGAAUGUAAAUAACAAAGUGCUGAUAAGCUAAAAUCCCCUUGCUUGGCCAUAAACAGUGUCUGGAAACAGUCACUGAAACUGGUCUGGAAAGGGCUUUUAGAGAGCACCCUUUUCAGCUCCUUCUCAAAAGGAACUUCGGGCAAAGUAUUUCAUCCAGUUCAAAAUUUUCAGUACCAGGGGUCUCAUGAGCUCAUCAGGUAAGUUUUCUACUUCUUGCAGCAGCUGGAAAGUUGUUUUUUUUCUUAAAUCUAAUAAAAGCUGUCCACCUCACCCUAAGCCUUUUGCUAUUUGCCUUCUGUAUGGUCACAGAAAACUGAAUUACUUGUUUUUUUCUUCUUUUGUUGCAGCAACAGCAGUUUGGGUUUUUUUAUUUGAAGCUGGCUGUAAUUUCUGCCCUCAUU